AUUUUUAUUUCUUGUAACGUUCACACUGAACAUGAAGCGGAUUGUCUCUGACUUUAAAAAUGCAACAUUGCAUGUGAUUUUCAAAUCGCGCUUCAGGAAAUGAUUGCAUUACAUGCAAUUUAGUGCACGUGGUUAAAGUCAGGCGCCAUGCAGCUUCCAAUAAAUGCUGUGUGUUGAUUAUAAACUCACAUGGCUCUGAUUUCCUCUCAUGCUGCUCAGUUUAUGUAGGAAAGGUGUUCUGUGUUAAUUAUUUUAGUGUCUUGUGUUCUUACUUAAAGGGUGCACGCUAUGCUCUUUACAGCUUGAUAAUUUCAUACUUGGACUCCGCUAGAGUGGCUUUGCAUGAUUUACAGUCUCAGUCCAGCCCUGCUGGAUUAAAUAAUCAAAUAUUAAACAUAAAAUCCUAUAAAUUAUUUAAAGAAUCCAGUUUUUAUAAAAGGAACUCCUACAUCCUUUUAUUAGCCAUGAUUCUGUUUAUGGGAAGCAUUUGAAAGAUGAUGGAGGAAAACUGCUUGGAAAUCAGAAACCUCAUAAUAAUGUGAAUUUUAUUCUCUGCUCUUAAAAGAUCACACGAGCAUCCAAACAUGCAGAUCAGUUUACUUUUGCUUUCAUUUUAAAAGAUUGCUUAGACUUUAUUGGGAUUCAGACACCUCACCUUGACGUAGUAGUGUAAUUAAAACUAGUGUUUUAAUGCCUUUUAUUAUGCUGUGUUAUCUUCUUUACUAGGUUCAGUGUUUUUUCGAGACACUUUGAGUGUCUUGUAAUGAGAGGUUGUUUGAGCAUUAGGGCUGAAACCAAAAUGCAUGCAUGGCUGCAUUAUAGCAAGUCGCUACCAAGUCAUAAGAUAUUUAAACUGAAUCAUAAGAUGGAACUUUAAAAAAAAUCUAGUGCAGUAAAAUUGGCCCUGCCCACUCCCCGUCUCUCCACCCAUCUGCUUUUAAACACAAUCUGCAGACACACAAUCGUUCCCUUCCUGUUGACUUGAUUUUCCUGUCUGCGUCAGCUCUGUGUGUUUUGAGUUAUGGCUGGACCCAGGCCCGUGGUGUGUAGUGGCCCAUCAGGGGUGGGAAAGAGCACUCUGCUGAAGAAGCUCAUGAAGGAAUAUGAAGGUGUCUUUGGCUUCAGCAUCUCACAUACGACAAGAAAACCCCGACCUGGAGAGCAGAACGGCAUAGGUACGGCAUGUCACCGCUCUUUCACAACCAAUGAACCUGAAAGCAGGCUGAUUAAACAGUUGGAUUUUUUUCUCAAUUGUCCUUUUUUUGUGUACUUUCUUUCUUUCUUUCUUCUUCUUUUUUCUUCCCGGGUUUCAGAUUACCAUUAUGUUACGCGGGAUGUGAUGCAGGCAGGCAUCGGCAAUGGCGAUUUUAUUGAGAGUGCAGAGUUUUCCGGGAACCUGUAUGGGACGAGUAAAGCAGCUGUCCAAGAGGUCCAAUCCAAGAACCUCAUCUGUUUAUUAGACAUUGAUAUGCAGGGUGUGAAGAACAUCAAAAAGACAGACCUCAAUCCAAUGUUCAUUUCCAUCCAGCCACCAUCCAUGGAAAUCCUGGAAAAGCGUCUAAGAGGCAGAAAAACAGAGUCGGAGGAGAGCCUCCAAAAGCGUUUACAGACAGCCAAAAUCGAGAUGGAGUUUAGCAAAGAACCUGGUGCGUUUGAUGUUAUAAUCAUCAAUGAUAAUUUGGACGAUGCUUAUGCGAAGUUGAAAGACGCUCUUAAGGAGGAAAUUGAUAAGGUCAAGAAAGUGUCCUCAUAGGAGAAAGCAGCAUCAUGGUCGUCGCUCAGCCACUCCACGACACACAAUUCCACUCUUGUACAUUCCCUCAGAUGGUGGUCUUUGAAACUAGGACAAUUUCCUUCAGCAGAUAUACAAAAAGUUUUUUUUUUUUUUAGAAGUAGUUACUAAUAAAUAACUUAGUGUAAAGUGGGACAUUUUUAUUUAAUUUUUUUUUACAAACAAAGUGCUUUUCACAUUUUAUUUUUACACUGAAGAGGAGACACCCUGAGAACUCUUACUUGAAGUACAACUGGCAUGAUAAGCGGGAACAAUUUGAUGCAGACAGAAAAUACUGUGUGCAACCGUAUUCUUUUGCAGAAGUACAAUUCAUUGCAUCAUCUGGACAGACUGGUUUUUCAAGGAUUAGGGUUUUUUGUUUUUUUUAAGGGGGGUGGGGUUUCUUUCAGUCUUUUGCAACCAGCUACACUGUGUUGAUGUUUAAUGUCUUAGAUGCAGUGAAAUACACAAGUGAUGGUCAGAGUUAGAGAUUAAAACCAGCACUCGGGCCCCCUUUAAAAUUUGGUAAGUAGGUUUGGGCAGUAUCUUAGUAUCGUGUGGUACCAGGCUUCUUUUUUUUUUUUAGACAGAGUAUUUUCUGUACUGUUAAAAAUACACACUCCUUUGUGUUAUGCUUAUGUGAUGUAUUUAGGUCAUAUUGUAGUGCACAGCACUCGUCAGAGGGCAAUUACUUCUGAUUAACAGCUGAGCUGAGUGAGCUGUGAAACAUGGCAGUUGCAAAUGUUGGGGUGGAUUUCGAGUUUAGUCUCAUCUCCCUAAAGAUAAACAGUUUGUCAUAGUUCAAAGUGAGCACCACCUACCUGUACUGAGUAGUGUUGCUACGCUCUGGCUGUGUAGUUAAGCCAUUUAUUCUGACACAACUGUUCAUUGUCAAGAUCAAAAUAAUCAGGAAAGCUGAUUUUAUUUUAUUUUUAAUUUGGCAGAUAGCCGCUUAACCUAAUCGUGAAUCAGUGUUGUGUUCUGAUAAUGUUCAUGAGUUUCAUAAACUAAUAUUUUUGGUGCCAGCUAGCGAGGGUGAGAGAGAUUAAGCAUUCAGCCAGCUAAUCUCUCACCCUCCUACCUGAAGUGUCAUCUGUCAUCAUCAGCUUUUAGUUUAUUUACACAAAUGUAAUCGUAGACUUGGUGAAAUGUGAGGAAGGUAAGAAAGACUCUAUUUUGGCCAAGCCUAUCAGGAACAUGUGGUGACUCUUUACUUUUAGGGGAUAUACCUUUGAAACAGUAACAUUAUUCCAGAGUUAGUAAACGCUUUAUUUUUUUAUUAUGUUAUAUAACUUGCCAGGUAAUGUCCUGGUUCCUUACACUUUGUUUGCUGGAAAACUAAAUACUGCUGUGCUCAUGUAGAAUUGAAUCCCAUCACAGAGUUAGAAACAGUACAACUACAUUGUAUUCUUUUAUAACACAUGUUUAUUUAAUGUUGUACAUUUGUGAAAACUUUAUAUUGUGUAAGUUUCAGCUUUAGCUGUACAGUAAAAUGACAGCAAAUUUGUUGCUUUUUUUAUUGCUUAGAAUUGAGAAAA